AUGGCGCCUCCUGGGUCAACGCCAGCAGACGUCGACGUCGACGUCUUGAUUGUCGGGGCAGGUCCUGUCGGACUAAAUCUUGCAUAUCAGCUUCAACGUUUCUCAUCGCCACCUUUGUCCUCUCAGAACAAGCCCAUCUCUGUGCAUAUCAUUGAGAAACAUCCGAAACCAAAGCAAGAGGCAUUUGGGCGGGCUGUGACCUUCUGGCCGCGGUCAAUGGAGAUUCUGUCGCAGAUGGGGUUGGGUGACCAGAUUACACAACAGUGCGUCGCCGUGCGGACAUCAGCAGCAUAUGAUGCGACCGGCACAGAGGUAUUUGGCAGAGGCUGGAGCUUUCUGGAAGGUAUUACGGAUACCAGAUUCAAGUUUGCCAGCGUCCUCCGCCAGAAGUUUGUGGAAGAUAUCUUCCGCGCAGAGUUGAAGAAAUAUGGUGUUCAGGUUAGUGAGAUGAAAAGCUUUGUCAGCUUGGAAAUCGAUGAGUCGAUAGCACCAGGAGAGAAGGGCAGGGUGAAGGCCACCAUCCUCGACACCAGUGGAGGUGAGGGCCAGGAGAAAGAGUAUACUGUUCGCUGCCGCUAUCUCAUCGGCUGUGACGGGUCCCGAACAGUCGUGCGAGGCGCUGCGGGCAUCGAGUCGGACGGUGACAGGACAGAAGACAAAUGGGUGAGAAUUGAUGGAGUCUUGAAGAGCACAACGAUGCCAAAGCCAAGGUCAUACGGCGCUAUUGAGAGUCCGAUAUACGGAAACGUGCUUUGGAUCCCCCUAGACCACGGAGCCACGAGACUGGGGUUUGCUAUGAACGAGGAACGACGGAAGGUGUACAAAGAACUGAACCAGGAGACAUUCCUCCAGGAAGCAAAGCUGUCAGUCAAACCGUUCGAGAUCGAGUACGAACGCGUGGACUGGGCCAGCGUGUACAGCGUUGGGCAGCGGGUAGCGAGAACAUUUUGGGCAAAAGAAUCUGUGUUUCUUGCUGGCGAUGCUGCUCACAGCCACAGCUCCGGGGCAGGCCAGGGUAUGAACGCCGGCAUGCACGAUGCAGUCAACCUGGGCUGGAAGCUGGCAUUAGUACUCACUGGUACGCUCAAACGGGAGGUCUUGGAGACUUAUAGUCUGGAGCGACAGCCUAACUCUGCGAAACUCAUCAAGUACGAUGAAGAUAUCAGUGUAUUGGUGUCAGGACGAUUACCGAAAGAUUAUACGGGAGACAGGACUGAGGAUCCAAACGUCGUCCUAGGGAAGAUCCUGCAGGAAGCCAAAGGAUUCAACACUGGCCUGACUAUCGGCUUCGAGCCAAACCUCGCAGUCCUGCGUGAUGACAGCAGCGUCGAGGAUCUCUCAGCUGUUGCAGCAAAGAGAUCUAUUAUCCCAGCUCCAGCAAUCCCUGGUUUCCGAGCACCGGACGUGCAAGUAUUGACACCGGCAUUAUGGGAGCCGGUGUGGCUGCAAACUCUGCUGGCGAACGUGGCCAGAUUCUACAUUGUGGUAUUUGUGGGCAAGACUUCGCAUGCAAAGGAGCUGUUCAUGGAUCUCAAAGUCGAGCUUCAGAAGAACCAGCGCCUUUCCCCCAGUAAAGCUCCCAUCACCGAAGCAAAGUCGAAUGGAGUGCAUCUCAACGGAGACUCAUCUCUAGCACAGGAAUGGCCUGUAGACUUUGUGACAAUUCUUCCCGAGAAGGUCGGCAAUGCAUGGUUUGAGCUGGGGACAGAUCCAUUGGGCCGGGUAUACUAUGAUGGAGAUGGAAACGCCAACCAGAGGUAUGCCGUCGAUUCAGAUUCUGGAGCGGCGUUAGUGCUGAGGCCAGAUGGUUGGAUCGGGGCAAGAUUUGAGCUGGGAGCGAAGACGGUGGUUGCCGACAUAGACUCGUACCUGAGUAGACUUCUUUGCUAG